ACUCUCUCCUCUCUCUAAAACUGAAUUCAUAAUUCCGCCGGAAAAAAUCGAAUGGCAUCCGCCGGAACCCUAAAAUUCAAAGUGACGCGGCGGAGGCCGGAGCUAAUCGCUCCGGCAAAGCCGACGCCUCACGAAUUCAAGCCUCUCUCCGACAUCGACGAUCAGGAAGGUCUCCGGUUCCAGAUUCCGGUGAUCCAAUUCUACCGGAGGAGCCCAGCCAUGGCGGGGAAGGACCCCGCCGGCGUGAUCCGUGAGGCCCUGGCGAAGGCGCUGGUGUUCUACUAUCCGUUCGCCGGCCGGUUGAGGGAAGUCGAUGGCAGGAAAUUGGUGGUGGAGUGCACCGGCGAGGGCGUUAUGUUCAUUGAGGCCGACGCUGACGUGGAGCUCCGGGAUUUCGGCGACGCCCUCCAGCCGCCGUUCCCUUGCCUGGAGGAGCUUCUCUACGAUGUCCCCGGCUCCGGCGAAGUCCUUAACUGCCCUCUUAUGCUAAUUCAGGUGACGCGCCUAAAAUGCGGUGGAUUCAUAUUGGCCCUCCGCCUGAACCACACGAUGGCCGACGCCGCCGGACUAGUCCAAUUCAUGGCCGCCGUCGGCGAGCUGGCCGGCGGCGCAGACGCGCCGUCGGUCCCGCCGGCGUGGGAAAGGGGACUUCUGAACGCACGCGACCCCCCUCGCGUGACUUGCACGCACCGCGAAUACGACGUCGUUCCGGACACCAAAGGAACCCUAAUCCCUCUCGACGAUAUGGUCCACCGGAGCUUCUUCUUCGGCGCCGCCGAGAUCUCCGCCCUCCGCCGCCGCCUUCCGCCGCGCCUCCGCACCUGCUCCACCUUCGAAGUCCUCACCGCCUGCCUAUGGCGGUGCCGUACAAUCGCAAUCUCGCCGGAGUCCGACGAGGAGGUCAGAAUCCUCUGCAUCGUGAACGCCCGCCGGCGGUUCAAUCCGCCGCUCCCCGCCGGCUACUACGGCAACGCCUUCGCCUUUCCGGUGGCGGUUUCCGCCGCCGGCGAGCUGAUCGAUCGUCCGCUGCACUACGCGGUGGAUCUCGUGAGGAAGGCGAAGGCCGAUGUGACGGAGGAGUAUAUGAAAUCGGCGGCGGAUCUGAUGGCCACCGCCGGCCGGCCGCAUUUCACGGUGGUGCGAACCUAUCUGGUUUCCGACGUGACGCACGCCGGCUUCGGAGAUGUCGAUUUCGGGUGGGGGAAGGCGGCGUACGGCGGGCCGGCGAAGGGCGGCGUCGGCGCGAUUCCCGGCGUGGCGAGCUUUUACAUUCCGUUCAGGAACAGUAAAGGCGAGGAUGGAAUUGUGGUUCCGGUCUGCCUGGCGGCGACCGCCAUGGAAGUGUUCGAGAAGGAGCUCGAAGCUCUGCUGAAAAUGGAGGGUGAUGACGUGGCGGAACAAGGGGAGAAGGCGGUUUUUAUUACGUCAGCAUUGUGAACUUAAAUAGUACUAUAAUUAAUGCGUGCUUCGUAGGGUUGUACGUUGUCCCUUCGGAAGUUGUGGUGUUUGUCACGUUAUUGCGCGUGUAUCUAGUUGUGAGUGGGACGUCGUCGUUUUUGUGAAACACAAUUUUAUUUAGGUGGAAAUACAAAUAAUAUAAAAUUAAUAAAAUAUAUAAUUGCUAUUUUAUUA